CAUUGUAUGUCGACAGCAGCUCAACGACAGCCCCAAUUCAAAAUAACUCACCAUGAGGCCCGCGUCUUACAUUCGGGUCCUCUCACGAUCACAGCAAGCGAGAUGGAUGCACUCUGAUGGUCGGACCAUUUCAAAGUCCAAUAGCAAACCUCAUCAGCCGACUCCGAUCCCACCUCAAAAGACCGAUCCACCAUCGGCUCAAACCAAAGUCGCCUCGAGACCUGGCCUCAGCACGGCGGCAAAGGCGUCGACGGGCAAGACAGACAAACCUCCCGUUGUCGCCGCCUCUUCAGCCAGCUCUUCGAUCACGAGUACCUCCGCCUCCUCCUCAUCCACAGACUCGGAAUCAAAUGGAGAACUACGUCCAGCCGAUUACAGACCCGAUUACACGCGACGAGGUCUCAUGCGACUCAUCCGACCAAGACGUCAAAUUCCAGUCACUUUGCCUUCUGGCCUACCUGAACCUCCCACAUAUCCACCCCCUGAAGGAUGGCUCGAAGAGGCAGAAACACAGAGAAAGGAUCCCCAUCCAUUAUGGAAGUUCUUCUGGGUCCCUGCUAAAGCGCUUGAACCUCCAAAAUCGGAUGUCACCAGCCCUCCUUGGAGCGGGUCCCUCAAGCGAUACACAGAACGAGGCGACGAGGAGACGUUUGAAUCCGGAGGUCGUUCCUGGGAUGUUGAUGAACUGAGGACGAAAUCAUUCCAAAAUUUGCAUACCCUCUGGUGGUUAUGUCAACGUGAACUCAACACUUUGGCUACGAUGAAGGCUGAAAGGAUACGGCUUGGCGUUCUGCCCGUCGAUGCUCGAUACUUUUCUUCUCGUCAGAAGAAGACCCGUAGGACGCUAGGCAAUAUUAAACUCGUUUUGAAUGAACGUCGGCUCGGCCUCAUAGCAUCAGCCACACCCAUUUCUCCUCCUCUCCAAGCAUUACCUGCCCGAGCCGAUCCGAUCAAUCAACAAGGCGCAAUGAUAGGCUCGACUUGGCUCCCUGCCAAGCUAUCCAAAAUCGCUCCGAGGAGAUUGCGUUCAGAGAGGCUUCGAAAGCGAGGUCCACAGAAGAUUGUUGCCCGGACCGUUUGGCCUGCCGCUGCCGAAGAACAGGAGGCCGCACUUGCCAGGGGCACGAGAGCCGACAGAGCCAAAGUUGAGGCAUCCGGCCGGCUCUAUCACACUGCCGAAGAGGUCUAUCAACUCCUCCGACCCGGCUUUUUACGACCUAUUAAACCGCUUGAAUCGUUCGAGUCGUUCGAAUCGUUCGAUUCGUCUGACUCUGGAGUCAAGCCAAUCGCGUCUGACUCUGAGGUUGCAAGGCAACAAAUUGAAAGCCGGGAUGAAGGAUCUGGCGGAGGCAAAGAGGCGGCAAAGUUCGUGGAGCAUACCGAAGUGAAGGAGGAUGGUAGGGUGGUUGCUCGUUGAUCAGGUGGUAGAGCAUCAAUUAAUCAUGCAUACAUUUAUCAGGUGAG